CCAGUAUGUCUCGAGGUAACCGUGAGUCGGCAUCCGGGAACUUGAAAGGUUCGAUGAGGGACAAUUACUCUGAGCAUGGCGUCGAAGAAUACUACCGCAAAGUGGGCGCGACAUACCGCAAUCCUCACUUUCCUGGAGUUCGUAGCUGUCUCUUCCUGUGGUUUAAUAGCUGGUGGACGUCAGAACGAGAGAAUGCACCUCCGUACGACCUUGUACUCUUCGACAUGGCGUGCGACAGUGGGGAAGUGACUUUAUCCUUCAUGGAAUGGUGGAAGCUUGGUCGGACGACAUACGAUGAGCUUCUCGCUCACUCAACGCCAAAUCCGGUCGAAUGGACAGCCCAGGUCGUUACGCCUCGAAAAGAGACAGUGAAACCGUGUCGUCCGCCGCCCAUCAAUUCGGAACACCCGAGACCAAUCAUACUCGCAGCGGAUCCCUAUACUGCAGAAGCAUACCAGAGUCGUACAAAACUCGCUUGCGCGACCCUCUCUUUUCGAGAUAUCGCCGAAGGCCGUAUGCCUGGUAAAAUAACAGAAGACGUAACAACCGACCUCAGUAGCGAUCCAAACACACAACCAGAUGAUGCAUUGCCCCCUGAGGACAAAAAUAAGUGCAUAGACAUGGUUAUUUGCUCCUUCGCAUUGCAUCUCAUCGAGACGCCGUCCGAGUUGUUCGCGCUGCUUUGGGAGCUAAGCACUAGGUGCCGAUGGCUGAUCAUCCUCGCGCCUCACAAAAGACCAGAGAUCAAAGAUGGGUGGGGUUGGUGCAAAUGGGACGUAGAGUCGUGGUCCGAGUGUGCGAUGUCAGAGACAAGGGGUGAACUCUUACAGGAGAGAGUACAUUGUCGUGUUUAUCGCAGUCUCAAUGUCUGACUGCCUCUCUAAUAUGAGACAGGACGCAUACGGACAA